UUGGUCCAGAUCAUCAUCAACACAACCCAUCUGGAGCAGGCCUGUAAAUACCUGGAGGACUUCAUCACCAACAUCACCAACGUCUCACCUGAGACCGUGCACACCACACGUCUCUAUGGCCUUUCUACCUUUAAGGUAUGGAAACUAUACAUUAACUAACCGUACACACCACACGUCUCUACGGCCUUUCUACCUUUUAAGGUAUUGUUGGAAAUCCUUGGGCAUUUCAAACUGCAUUCUCUACCAGUGUGGCUACUUGACUAACUUGAUGUAACUAUUAAACAAACAAACUUAAGGUAUGUUUCAUUAGUCGUAGUGUCUUCUCUUGUGUUGCCUCAGGCUCAGAACAUGCUCUCAGGCUCAGAACAUGCUCUCAGGCUCAGAACAUGCUCUCAGGCUCAGAACAUGCUCUCAGGCUCAGAACAUGCUCUCAGGCUCAGAACAUGCUCUCAGGCUCAGAACAUGCUCUCAGGCUCAGAACAUGCUUGUUGCUGGAAUAAAGGGGUUUACACAACAGCAAUUACACCUGGAACUGUCAUAAACUCUACAGAGCUUCAGAGUUGUUCAUCAUCGUGCACUGGCGUAGUCUUACCUGGCGUAGUCUUACCUGGCGUAGUCUUACCUGGCGUAGUCUUACCUGGCGUAGUCUUACCUGGCGUAGUCUUACCUGGCGUUCAGCUCAUUCAGUCAGUAGUAACGUGUUGGUGGUCUUCCCUGGCUGUUGUAUCCAGGAUGCACGUCAUGCAGCGGAGGGAGAGAUCUACACCAAACUGAACCAGAGUACCAUUGACAUGGUUGUUGUUGUUGUUGUUAUUGACAUGGUCUUCCCUGUCUUCAACAGGAUGCCCGUCAUGCAGCGGAGGGAGAGAUCUACACCAAACUGAACCAGAGUACCAUUGACAUGGUUGUUGUUGUUGUUGUUGACAUGGUCUUCCCUGUCUGUUGUAUUCAGGAUGCACGUCAUGCAGCGGAGGGAGAGAUCUACACCAAACUGAACCAGAAGAUAGAUGAGUUUAUCCAGCUGGCAGACUAUGACUGGGGCAUGCCAGAGUCAGACGGCCAGGCCAGUGGAUACCUUAUGGACCUCAUUAACUUCCUCCGCAGCACCUUCCAGGUCUUCACACACCUGCCG